UUGCAUAUAGCAGACAGGUGGAGUCCACUGCUAUAUCUCAGGGGUUAGAAUGAACGAACGAUCACAGAAUGCAGACACCCAUGGCAGUGUGAGAGACGCUGCAAACUGGUCACGUCAUUUUGGAAACAACACAGAGCGUCGACAAGUUCCACUUCAAAAACAUCAGCCACCACCACCUCAUGCGACCACCAGUAUUACAAUGACGUCACAAACCUCAGGUGUCAAUGUGAAGGGUAGUCAUGGUAGCGUAAGGUUACCACCCUCUUCUCAUGCAAGUGAGGGCCCCUCCCACGUCACUCAGACUGGAUCUGUCCGUCAUGUUCAACUCCUCGCCUCGGACACGUGCAUCUCCUACACCCAGUCACUGACCAAGCAGGUGGGUCGCGGCCACUCAUUUGCUCGUUCCUGGAGCAGGCAUGUCCAUCACCUGGACAGCGACAUUUUCUCUGAAGCUGCUAUCAAGGAUGUAACAGCGAAGCUGGACUCCCCUGGAGCAGGAUUCCCCUAUGGUGUCCAAUCUGAUAUACACGACCCCUCACAGAACAAAGCUAAUGCUGAUGAACUUGUCUUUAGUAAACAAAGGCAGAAUAGAAAAAAGAGGGAGAAGUCAAAGGGUUUAAAUCUGCGUAGCAAAAUGGGUUUUUUCAACCUGGUUCGCCAUGAUUUUCUGGUUUGGUGGGACAGGUUUUCCAGUCGCCUGUGGGAAGUUCCUGUUUUUCGAGAUGUCAUCAAUAAGACAGAGAGUCACUUUGGUUCCAGUGUAGUUUCUGUGUUCAUCUUUACCAAGUGGAUCUUCUGCCUCAAUCUUACCCUCUUCCUGCUCUGGUUCUUUUUCGUCAUUUUGCCCAGCAUGAUUUACUUUCCUUACAAGGACGUCAGUCAGAAGUUCAGGUUCUCAAACCUGCUGGAUGGAAAGGGAAUACUGGCAGAAUCUUUCUUCUUCUAUGGCCACUACCCCAGAACGAUCAAUGGGUACCACCUAGACUUUGCGUAUCUCCUUAUUCUGCUCAUCACCUACUUCGGAAGUUUUUUCAUUAUUUUAAGAGGAAUUGCUCGUGCAACCUGUUUAACUGUGCGAGGGGAGGACAAUACACGUCUCAAAUUCACCACGCUGCUGUUUGCCACCUGGGAUUAUAACCUGACCUCCAGGGGAGCUGUUUAUCAGGCCAGUCAGAGCAUCAUCAACACCUGUAAGGACCAAAUGGUGGAAGCCAAGGCACAUGCAGCUGUCUUCUUGAGAAGUAGAACUGAGAAGACCAAAGUGAUUUUGCUGAGAAUCCUAGCAUGGACAAUCACCAUCAUCCUUAUUGGUGCGGGAUGUGCUGGCAUUUUCUUCCUCGUAGUUAAUGUGAAUUUUGCUGAUGCAAACCACUUAGGGCAGAUUUCAAAUGCUACUGGGAUCAACCUGUCUUCAGGAUUUUUCCAGGUGUAUGGAACCACAAUUAUUUUCAGUCUGAUCAACAUCAUUGUCCCAAUGGCUAUCACUCGACUGCCGAUCAUGGAGCACUACAGCACAGGGCAGUGGGAGCUGAGGGUGACACUGGUACGAGUGUUCUUUCUGAGGAUGGCUAACCUGAUCGCUCUCAUGUAUUCACUGUACAGCACGGUGCAGCACCUUGUUGAUGACAGUCAGACUGGAGACAGCAGCCUAGGCUGUGUGGGGACGGUGCUGGGGCAGGAACUCUACAAACUGGUCAUCAUGGACACCCUAGUACAUGCCAUUGUCAACCUCAGUAUGUACUUCGGGGCCUACUUCUGGAACAGACAAAAGAAGGAAUUACACUUACCCUCAGCUAUACUGGUCAUCAUCUAUAGACAGGCACUGAUAUGGGCUGGUACCUUGGCAUGUCCUGUGAUGCCUCUCAUAGGCUUGUUAUCCAACUCGGUAUUUAUUGGCGUGAACUAUCUAAUAGUUCACCGGACCUGCAAGCCGCCAGAGAAACGCUGGAACCAAUCACGCCACAGCGCCUUCUUUCUACGCUUCCUGCUCUUCAGCCUUAUCAUUCUCCUACCAGCAGUGUCGUAUGUAUUGGGAAGCGAUGCCCUGAAGCUGGGGAAGGCCCCUCAAGGUGUCCCUAACGGUCCAUUUGGCAUGGGUCAGCCCACAGCGGCGUUUUCUCGCUGGAGGAAGUGUCUCCCGCUCUUCCUGCAGGAGUGUUUCAUGUGGAUCCUGUCGGACGUCGUCUUACUGCCAGCCUUCCUCAUCAUGCUGGUCAUCAUACUGUAUCUGAGACUGAGAGUGGCUUAUACCUACAAACAGACCAUUUAUCUGAGAGCUGAUCUUCGGCAGGAAAGAGAAGACAACAAAAGCAUGGCCAAAAGGCUGAGGUUUGCCCAGCAGGUGAAUCACAUGAGAUCUCCAGACUUCCAGUAGUGCAAAGUUUAGCACGGUGUUCUCCCUUCAAGAUUCUGAAGGCAUGGACUUUAAUAGUUACACAUCCACUGUAGUCACCAUAUUAUCUUUGAGGUUGAAAAGGUUUUCCCAUGACAGAAUACAUGUAUAUGUGUUGUUGAACAGAGCCAGGCCAAAAAGUCUUAUGGUGUGCUUGGCACUCUUCCCCCAAAAUCCAGUUUGUUAGCAAUUGUCUCUUUCUUAUUGAGGGCGCAAGAUGUUAUGAACAGUUUUCAACCAGUCAAGUUUGUAUUUAGAAACUGCAGUUCAACAAGAGGAAUAUUGGCUUUAAUUUCUGUCGCUCCUUGUAUUCCAGUAUGGUUGCUGUCUGCAAUCUUCGAUUUUCUAGCUGUCUUAUAUCUUAGAACAGUUUCCAACCUAUCCAAAUCAUGUUCACAUGCACACAGUCACUAGAGGUCAAUGUUGGAAUUGACUUUCGUCAUUCUGAAUUCAUCAGUGUACCUAAUCAUUGAUCAGUGUACCUGGAUAUUUGUCACAUUAUACAUGUAACAACGAAGACAUAUCAGCUACUGAACUUGUGUUUCAUGAUUUGCAAUUUGGAUGUCACAAUGUCCACAUUUUCAUGGCUGACCAAAAAUGUGAUACUAGUAAUUACUAGAUGCUAUGUAAUAUAACCCUGUGAUAUAUAUUUUAAGAAAUCCUUCCU